AUGAACGGGACGGAGGGGAUCAAUUUUUACGUGCCUAUGUCCAACAAGACCGGGGUGGUGCGGAGCCCCUUCGAGUACCCGCAGUACUACCUGGCCGAGCCCUGGAAAUACCGCCUCGUGUGCUGCUACAUCUUCUUCCUCAUCUCCACCGGCUUCCCCAUCAACUUCCUCACCCUCCUGGUCACCUUCAAGCACAAGAAGCUCCGGCAGCCCCUCAACUACAUCCUGGUCAACCUGGCGGUGGCUGACCUGUGCAUGGCCUGCUUUGGUUUCACCGUCACCUUCUACACCGCCUGGAACGGCUACUUCGUGUUCGGCCCCAUUGGCUGUGCCGUGGAGGGAUUCUUUGCCACGCUGGGAGGCCAGGUCGCCCUGUGGUCCCUGGUUGUCCUGGCCAUCGAGCGCUACAUCGUCAUCUGCAAGCCCAUGGGCAACUUCCGCUUCUCCGCCAGCCACGCCAUGAUGGGCAUCGCCUUCACCUGGGUCAUGGCCAUUUCCUGCGCCGCCCCGCCGCUCUUCGGCUGGUCCAGGUACAUCCCGGAGGGGAUGCAGUGCUCCUGUGGGCCCGACUACUACACCCACAACCCCGACUUCCACAACGAGUCCUACGUGCUCUACAUGUUCGUCAUCCACUUCAUCAUCCCCGUCGUCAUCAUCUUCUUCUCCUACGGGCGCCUCGUUUGCAAAGUCCGCGAGGCAGCUGCCCAGCAGCAGGAAUCGGCCACGACCCAGAAGGCGGAGAAGGAGGUGACGCGGAUGGUGAUCCUGAUGGUGCUGGGCUUCAUGCUGGCCUGGACGCCCUACGCCGUGGUGGCGUUCUGGAUCUUCACCAACAAGGGCGCCGACUUCACGGCCACGCUGAUGGCAGUGCCUGCCUUCUUCUCCAAGAGCUCCUCCCUCUACAACCCCAUCAUCUACGUGCUCAUGAACAAACAGUUCCGUAACUGCAUGAUCACCACAAUCUGCUGCGGCAAGAACCCCUUCGGGGAUGAAGAGACCUCCUCCACCGUAUCCCAGAGCAAGACCGAGGUCUCCUCCGUCUCCUCCAGCCAAGUAUCACCUGCAUAG